AGAGAGAGAGAGAGAGAUAAAGGGGUCCUCCAAAGUCCAAAGAUUAUGCCCCAAAGCCGAAGCUGAAGCCCAACGCCCCUGGCUUUGAUAUGCAGAGAGAAUCCAAAGGAUUUCUCUUACAACGCCAAGAACUGAAACUGAAGUUUCUCUCUCUUCUCUCUCUCUCUAAUACACACACUUGAUAACCAUAAACACAUAAAGAAACAAUAAAACCGGAAAGAAAUGAAAAAAUAGAAGAGAAAUAUAUUACAGAAAGAGAAAGUCCGGUGUCUAAUUACAUGCAGCGGAGCAGGGCCUAGAAAGAAAAGAUUUUGCACUCGGAUGCUUCAAUCAGGCCUCUUUCUUUUUCUUCUUAUAAUCUAAAUUUUGAUCUGGGCUGCUGACAAACAACAAGAAUUAGGUCUUUAUUUUCUUCAUCUUUUCUUCUUUUUAUUUUAAAGAAAAAAAAAAUAUUAGUGCUGAUUUUGGUUUGUAUUCAAAGUAUGUUGCAAGACCGACCUUGUUUGGUGUCGAGGGACUAUAAUCCGAUGACGUGUGAUCGAGAAGGCAAUUGGCCUAUGGCUUACGGGGCCGAAAAGGUCGAGGUUCAGCAGGGCAAGCGCAUCUUGGAAACGAAUGAGGAGGAAGAUGACAUCGUAAAAAAGGCGUCCAAGCAUUCGGGCGAUCAAGUAGAUACUGAUUUGUCUAUUGGUGGGAUUCUAAAGUCGCUUUAUGACCAAUCGAGCAGCCAGGGACACGCUGGCAAUAAUUCAGAUUCGAGCUCCUUGAUUGCUGACAUUGGUCCGGACAACUCGAUUAGUUGUCUUAUACGGUGCUCCCGAGCUGAUUAUGGUUCAAUUGCAUCAUUGAACCGGAGUUUCCGGUCUCUUGUCCGUAGUGGUGAGCUGUAUAAAUUAAGGCGGAAAAACGGGGUAGUCGAGCAUUGGGUUUACUUUUCUUGCCAGCUGCUCGAAUGGGAGGCCUUUGACCCUAUACGGCGCCGUUGGAUGCAUUUACCAAGAAUGUAUUCUAAUGAUUCCUUUGUGUUUGCGGAUAAGGAAUCUUUGGCUGUUGGGACAGAACUUCUUGUUUUCGGGAAGAAUUCCAUGGCGCACGUGAUCUAUCGAUACAGUUUGUUGACGAACACGUGGACUACCGGAAUGACCAUGAACAAGCCUAGGUGCUUAUUUGGGUCCGCAAGCCUCGGAGAAAUCGCCAUAUUGGCUGGCGGGUGCGAUUCGGAUGGCCAUAUCCUCAGCUCUGCGGAGUUAUACAAUUCUGAAACGAGAACUUGGAUGACGCUUCCAAGCAUGAAGAAAGCGAGGAAAAUGUGUUCCGCGGUUUUCAUGGAUGGAAAGUUUUACGUAAUUGGAGGAAUAGGAGGAGCUGAUUCCAAGCUUCUCACGUGCGGAGAGGAAUAUGAUUUGGAAAGCGGUACCUGGACGGAGAUUCCUAAUAUGUCCCCGGUGCGUACUGGCGCACCAAGAGAUAACGAGCCACCUGUUACAUCUGAGGCACCACCUCUGAUUGCCGUUGUAAAUAAUGCAUUGUAUGCUGCAGAUUAUGCUGCUAUGGAGGUGAGAAAAUAUAACAAGGAGAGUAGGGUUUGGAAUACCGUCGGAAGGUUGCCGGAACGUGCUGAUUCUAUGUUCGGUUGGGGCUUAGCAUUUAGAGCAUGUGGUGAUCGUCUUAUUGUUAUUGGGGGGCCUCGUAGUGCUGGUGAGGGUUUUAUUGAAGUGAAUUCGUGGGUUCCAAGUGAAGAGCCUCCACGGUGGGAUGUGCUAGGCCAGAAGCGGUCCGCCAGUUUUGUCUAUAAUUGUGCUGUGAUGGGAUGCUGAAUGUAUGCGUGUUGCAGGCACCAUACAAAAUUUCGAUCUUGUAUGCUUGUGGUUAACAAUUGGUUCCCGGAUGCACCCGGUUCUUACUGAUGGGUACUUUUCCCAAACUUUUUUAGUUUCGCUUUCUACAGUCCGACAAGGAUAGGCAGGAUAUUACAAUUGAAUGUUUUCCAUAAACUAGUCUUCAGUACAAGUUUUUUCUUUUUCUCUUCAGACUUGAUCGAUAUUUUCUUUCGCUGAAUUGUCGAUAUUUUCUUUCACUGAAUUGUCUUCUCCCGGUGAAGUAACAUGAGAAGGUCUUCAAAUUGGUGUUGCAGAGCAAAGAAAUAGGUUCGUUAACUUGAGAGUUAGGCGUUUCCGUCGGCUUUUAAGUUUUAUACUUAAAUGAAACAUAGAAUUCAGUGUACUUGGGCUUUUAUGGUCCUAAAUUUCUUGAAAUCAUCGCAAAGGAAUUAAUAAAGUCCGACAUUUCUUUGGAAA